CAACUAUCAACAAACAAUAUUAUGGCAACUUUUAUUAUUUAUUUAAAUUAAUCUAAAAUGUCCGGAUAUAAACGAGUUAAUUUUUACGAAUUGUGUCGUUUGUGCGCAACUAAUCAGCAGAAGGAUAAGACCCACAUAUUUCAAGAGGAGGGUAGGAAAAUUCAGCUUCAAAACAAGAUCCAAAGUUGCCUGUCUCUGAAGGUGUGCGAAAAUGACUUCCUGCCCAAAGUGGUGUGUUCUCAAUGCUUACGUUCGCUGGAGGAGUGUUGUCUCUUUCGUAAAGAAUGCUACAGUUCGGAGACAAUGCUUUCUAGCUACUUCAAUAAUUUUAGGUACACCGAUGACUUUAAAAAGUCAGGAAAGGUGUAUAUCAAAGACACAAGCUCGAAAGUAAGCGCAUCCCAAACUGCAGCUUGCAACACAGUCGGGACAAAUUAUAAUAUAAGCGUGAUACCAAAUACUAAUUUAGGCAGCUGUGUUACGCAGGACACGGUACCGUAUUACACGCUGCAUUUACCUACGGUUGUUUCCCAGCCACCAGAACCAAAGAUUCCACCCAAAGAAGCUAAACUGACACAGCCACAAAUAAUUUACAAUCUGAACACCGUUAAAACCGCCGUAUCCAAUUUACCAAAGGAUAAUAAUGAUCAUGUCGGCAAUGUUACAAUUAAUUCGAACGGCGAAAUUGUCACAAUCGCUCCGUGUGUCGAUGUUAACGCUUUAGUCAAGCAAACGCUGGGUCAGAAGAUUUGUAAGUUAACUAAGCGGCCAAAGAUGCCCGAAAAGACUGACAUUCCAAUAAUUGAUUUGACAGCCGAUCCGAAACUAAAUUUUCCACCGAAACCGCUGGUGUUGCAAUCAACACCAGUCACUCACGUACAUAGCGCACAGAAGCUUUCCAGUUACUCGGAUGCAAUACAUUUCAAUUCGGCGGCGGAAAACGUCCCAAAUAUCAAUCCGGAGCCGCCGCCCGGUGACCUAUAUGCCUACACAGGUAGUUCAAAGCAAGCCAGUACAGAGCUGAUCAACACUAAUUCAGAGUUUUUAAUGUCGGCUGAGGUGAAACGUCACUCGUGUGACAUCUGCGGCAAGAUGUUCAAGCGGCGCGAGCAUCUUUACCAACACAUGAAGCUGCACACCGGUUUUAGACCGUUUGUGUGCGAGAACUGUAACAAAUCUUUCUUGCGGAAAGAGCACCUACUACGACAUAUGGUCGCACACAGUGGACAGAAAAAUUACACGUGCACGAUCUGUGAGAAAAGCUUCUCGCGCAACGACAACCUGCUCAAGCAUAAGAAGAUACACUCGAAACAGAACAGCUUUACAUGUGAGAUCUGUCAGAAGCAGUUUGUGAUGGAGCAUUACUAUUUCGCCCACAAACGUACGCACGACAACGAGAAGUGUAAUCAAAUGUGGGGUUUAUUGAAAGCGAUUUAGUUUACCUCCUCUGUAUGAAACAUUCAGACUAAAGUGAUAAACAAUUUUGAUGUGUUACAAGUAUUAAAAUCCCACGUAAAUGUAAUCGAAUAACAAAAUCUCGAAUUACCCUUAAAUGUAGCUUUUAGCAAUCUUAUCUGAAAUACAAUAUAUAUAAUUUAUUGAAGAGCAAUAUUUGAAAUUAGAAAUAUCCAUAAAU